AUGUAUAAUGUACUGGAUGAUGGGCAGGAUGAUCAGGAUAUGUGUUCCAAUUUGGACGAUAAGAAGCACUCGGAAAAGGAGUUAUGUAAAAUUCUAGCAAGAAUAUUUCUUUGGAUGGAUGGAUUAAAGCUAGACCCUAGCAAGGAAAAAGUAGGAAGUUUCCCAUGGGUACCAAGAAAAGAGGAGGAUGAAAAACCGAAAGAGAAGGAACUACACUCUUAUUAUCGAUGUUUAAUCGGUAAAGUUACUAUAUUAAACAUGUUAGGUAAGCAUUGUAUGUUAAAGGAAGUAUCAGAAACAGUUAAAAAUGGUAGGGAAGAAAUGAGGAGAACUAACGAUCUUGGGGAGGGGAAUCAACUCUGUAAGGACGUGUAUUUCGGAAGUUUAAAAUUGGGGAACAGGUUCAUGUGGGAGGAAAUUAAGAAGGAGAUAGAUGGCCAUGAGAGGGAAAACGACCAUAGUGUUGGGUUAUCGCUAGUAACAAAAGGAAAGAGCAAAUUGCACACAGUAAGGGACCAAGUACUAGACACUAGUAUUUGCCCAAGCGGAGAAGGGACAUUGGACCAAACAAUCUUACAGAAUUUAGAAAUAAAAGUCAUCGACAAUGAAGACCUGUCCCUAGACGAAGCCACUGACCCUCCCGGGAAAAAAACUUCAGGGAAGGACGAGUUGGAGGAUGUAUUGGACAAAGCUGAGAAAGAAGUGCAAGAAGGAGGGGUCGAUGCGGGUAUAGUGGAAGUAUUGAAGGAAAUAAAUAGAAUAUGGGACGAAAAAAUUCAAAAGGCUCAAGAGAAAAUGGCAGCGAAGGCUGUACCAGCACCAACUGUCCCAGGUAAGUAA